AUGAUCAGGAACAAAUCUUCUUCCAGCAACCACAAGUCGAGCAAUAUGCAAGUGUCUACUCAAAGUGCCAAAAAUACUGCAAAUACUGCCAAUAACGAAAAUAUGCAAGGACUGAAUGACGAAUAUAAACAACUCAGCUCCGGCGCCAAGGUCAGAGGGUUGCGCGAGAUCAUCUCUCGGGAGGAGAAGAAAGUGGGAAGCAUCCAAGUAGUGGAAACGUUAGUCGGGUCGAAGCAGCUUACCCGCAAUGGACGCGCGUUCAUCCGUCUCUUGUACUCUACAUCCCGUUUCACCAACAGGGAAAUUGCAGAGGCUGUCAGUUCUAACCCCUCCGCGGUUAAACGUGUGGUAGAGAACCGGUAUGGGAAGAAUGCAGACGAUCUCUCCAGAGAUGAGGACAUAUAUGCUACAUAUAUAACUCACACCAUGAACCUCCAAAAAUUCGCGAAUGAGCUUCCACCACUCUCUAUGAAGAAGUCUACAAGCGGCGUAAGCACGAUUAUUCCGACCCUUCCACCGAGCAAACAGGAACAGGAAUUUCUCCGUGACAGGAACGAAGUCGAAGAAGAGAAAAAUCGAGGGAAAGGCGCUAAGCAAAAAACGGUGACUCUUUCUCUUUCAUUCUUUAACUUGAAAACUCACUUUGCGACUAUUCUCCCACCCCAGGAGAAUAUCAAGACUACAAACGCCAUUGAAGCGCGCGGGGUCGACGACCGGAUUGACGAAGAGUCAACCUCUGACGCGAGCUCCGAUGAAUCGAAUAUUUUCAAGACUAAGACGGUGGCUCACUUCUCUGACAAGGGUGCAGAAUCCGAUGCGUAUAACAAUUUUUUGGAGGAAGAACAAUUUUCAAAGGACCCUGGAAUGCGUCCAAAGACUACUUCCUUCAAGGAAAAACGUGCCAGGUUUUCGAUUGACCAACCUGAGGCUCGUAGCGUUGCUGGAAAGCUUCCCCCCUCUCCAGUGUCUACCAACGAGACUCCCUCCAAGCCGCAGAAGCGUAAGUGCGAGGAGAUGGAAAGUCUCCCUCUCAAUGCACCUUCAAGCUCAAAGAUUGCCAAACGCUGUGAUACCGACGAUGAUCGCAGACGCAUCACAGGUUUCUUCAAAUCUCGUGGCUACUAUCUGAGCGCGGUGAUCGAUGGUCUCGUUGAAGCUGGAUUUGGGCCAACGGAAUUGGAACUCUUGCGCGGGAAGCCAAGGGAGGUAGUUGCCAAACAGCUUGUAAAAUGGGGAGAUUUGCGUAGAAUCAAGGCCGACGCCUUGGCUCAAGCAAUCGAAUCGGCCACGGCGGAAGAUUGGAGAAAGUUGGUCGCUUGA